AGACAGACCUGCCCAGCCAGCUUAGCAACUUUCACAGCGUGUGCAAGAAGCAGAGAGAUUUCUGACAGUCGCAGGGGAUAAUCUACACUACAACAUAGCUCUCCCCGUCCACACACUGCCGGGUCCUCAGGACCCCUGGGGGUAGCAGCGAGGAGGGGAUGUAGCCCUUGCUGGAUGGGAUGGAUUUAGGAACUCUGGGAUUGAACCUGCACCAAGCCUGGACAGUCAUCUGCAGGGAACAGCAUAAGGGCUGAGCGGAGCACUGUCUGCUGAUUGCACUCUGCAGAGGGGAAGCUGCUCAGAGUCACAGGGACGAAGCCAGUGCCAGAAGUAAGACUCCUUCUCCCUGUGCAUUGCGGAGCUGGGAUGUCUGGGAACCAUAGCCAGGUACAGGAGCUAUCCUGUGAGCUCGGGUCCUCCUGCAGUGAGCUGCCUGAAGUUUCUGAGAUGAGGCUGUUUCAGGAUGGCUGAGAUCAACGUGAAACCUAGUGAGCUAGAUAGAGCUCUUUCACUGGUGAAGCUGGAACGGUGACUUUCCCCCUGGGUCCCAGACUGUUUAUUCCUCAGUUCUUCAUUGCCCGUUGUGGACUUUCUGCAAGGUUCAGCCAUGACUACCUCUGCCUUGCGCCGGCAGGUAAAAAACAUUGUGCACAAUUAUUCGGAGGCGGAGAUCAAGGUGCGUGAGGCGACCUCCAAUGACUCCUGGGGCCCACCCAGCUCCCUGAUGUCUGAGAUUGCAGAUCUGACCUUCAACACGGUGGCUUUUGCAGAGAUCAUGGGGAUGAUCUGGAGGCGGCUGAAUGACAGUGGCAAGAACUGGCGCCAUGUGUACAAGGCACUGACCCUGCUGGACUACCUCAUCAAAACUGGAUCAGAGAAGGUGGCCCAUCAGUGCCGGGAGAACCUUUACACCAUUCAGACUCUGAAAGACUUCCAGUACACAGACCGCGAUGGCAAGGACCAAGGCAUAAACGUGCGGGAGAAAGUCAAGCAGGUCAUGGGCCUGCUGAAGGAUGAGGAGAGGCUGAAGCAGGAAAGGGCUCAUGCCCUGAAAACCAAAGAGCGCAUGUCCAUUGAGGGCACGGGCAUCAGCAGCAGCCAGCAGCUCUCCUAUGGCAGGCGGACAUCGCAAUAUGGAGAAGACUAUGGCAAGCCGAGGGGGUCUCCAUCAUCCUUUAAUUCCUCUUCCUCGUCCCCUCAGCACGCCUCAGACCUGGAACAGGCAAGACCCCAGACGACUGGAGAGGAGGAGCUGCAGUUACAGCUUGCACUAGCCAUGAGUCGAGAGGAGGCUGAGAAGCAGCCACUUCCUCCAGCCACCAGCACAGAUGAAGAAUUGCAAUUGCAGAUAGCACUCAGCCUGAGCAAAAAGGAGCAUGAGAAGGAAGUGAGGGCAUGCCAAGGAGAGAACUCACUGCUACAGAGGGCACUGGAAGAGACCCACACGGGUAUCGAGGAGGAGGAAGAAGAGGAUAAGAUGAAGAAAAGUCAGUCCUCUAUUGUGGAGCUGGCAGACAUUUUUGGACCAGCGCCAGUAACUUCAACCCAUGUUUCAGCUGACCCAUGGGAUAUUCCAGGUCUCAAGUCCAAUGUGGAACCAGCAGGAGCCUCUUGGGGCCCCUCUGCAGACCCCUGGGCUCCAAUCCCGGCUGCUUCCGGGGAUCCUCUAAACCAGAUGGCAGCAUCUAUCAACCAGACCUCCACUGGGCCUUGGGAUCUUCCUCCCAUAAUCUCCUCCUCUGACCCUUGGGAGAAGACCCCCCUCUCUUCAAGUCUGUCAUCAGCAGAUGCCUGGGUAAAGGCAUCCCCACCUUCUAAAGCUUCCGCUGAUGCUACUUGUACUGCUGAUCCUUGGGGAGGUGUCGUUGACAAUCCUCCCAGGGCAGCUUCAGGUGAUGUCACUUUUGACUUGUUUGCGAAACCACCCCAGCCAACAGAGCAGCUGGAACAUGAGAGCUCACAGGCCCCAUCCUCUAUCAAGCCUAACAGCCCUGUUGAUUUGGACCUGUUUGGUGACCUGAUUCCCAGCACCAAGCAGAAUGGAGUUAAGAACACAGACGUUUUUGAUCUUGCGGGCUUAGGAGACUCUCUUACUGACUCCGACAAAGAGAGGAAAGAUUGUAAAACUCCAGAAUCCUUUCUUGGCCCAACUGCCUCAUCCCUGGUGAAUUUGGACUCCUUGGUGGUUGCCCCUGCAACCCUGAAGACUCAUAAUCCAUUUUUGUCAGGUCUCAGUGCACCUUCUCCCACAAACCCAUUCAGCAUCAGUGACCAGACCAAACCAACACUCAAUCAGAUGAGGACCAGCUCCCCAGUGCCAGGCAUGGCCACGGGGAUGACCAUGAACUCCAUGACCUACAGUGCUUCACUCCCUCUUCCACUCAGCAGCGUCCCAAUGACCCUCCCCGUCUCCAUGAGUGCCUUCCCGCAGGCCGGCGCAGGGCCGUUUCCACAGCUACCCAGUAACCUGCCUCAGCCUUUGUUGCCACUGACAGGCUCUGCUCUUCCCCCCGCCUCACAGGGCGUGAUGAACCCUUUCCUCUGAAGUCUCUGGAUCUGUGUUACAUGUAGUCUGUCUUGUCCCAUCCCCAGCUAUUAUGGAAAUCUUUGCGUGUUCUCAAGCAAAGGCCUUGUGGGCAACAGUUCAUUAGUUGUGAUGGAGGAAACCAUUCACCUGCAACUCCUAACCCAACACCUGCCCAGGUUACAGAGACACAGUUAGCAUGAAUCUCCUUGCUUGAAGUGCUAUAGAACUACCUGCUCCAGCAUGGCAGGUAAAGGAUGGCUAGAUCUGCCUUUGAUGGCAAUAAGGGCACUCUUGUCAUCAGCUGGCAUUCCCAUGAUCUGCAGAGUAGAUGGAGGGUCCCUAAGAAAGGGCUUUAAUUAUCUAGGGUCCUCCACUCUCCAGCACCAUAUGCUGGUACCCAGAGAGCCCAGUAUGAAGCAUCUUAACAGACAUUUUCUAGUCACUGUAGAUCUCUUAGAGAUCAUCCUGGGCCCGUCAGUGGGAUAGAGGAAUCCUUCUAUAAUCUGCAUGGAAGGUGCAAUCACUUGCUGAAACUUGCCGCCCCAACGCUUGCUGAAGGUCAGGAUGUUCCCAGGGACAGGAGGAGUACCCCUUAGAAUCCUUUUCCUCUGCCAGUCACCUGUAUGCUUUUCCCCAUGGCCCUGGGGAUGACUGAACUCUGAUCCCGAGAAUCCUCUUCCUCUCCUGCUGUCACCCAUAUGUUCCUCUAUUUGGAUGCUAAUGUUUGGGACCCUCUUCUCUGCCUGCCUUAUCCAGAUGUCUUCCUCCCCCACAUCUGGGUGUCACUCUUGGGAACCCAGUUUCUCUGCUGCUGUCACCUGGAUGUUACUCUGCUUGGGUGCUGGUCUUUGGAACCCUUUUCCGCUGAUGCUGUCAUCUGAACUGUUCUCCAUGGGGCACUGACCUUUGGAACGCUGAUCCUUUGUGGAUGUUCCCCAUGUGUUCAUCGGCCUUGGUGCAGAUCCUCCCAGCCUGACCCCAUCUCCCUUAAACUCAACGAGACAAAACCUUCUGAGACAACCCACACAGGCCUGGAUAACUUCAACUACUGGAUCCCAGUUUCAGCCUCUCGAAGCUCUCCUGCCAGGACUGCGGUGCUCUGUGGGAAAUACAUUGGAGUGGGGGAGGAGGGGCUAAUCAGCUGGGACUGUAGGCUGGGGACAGUGUGAGGUUAAUAUCCUGAGUGCCAGCUGUGUCUCACUUUGAGGACUCCAUGCCAACUCCAUUAGACCCCGGUGCAGAGGGAGAGGAGGACUCUGAGACACUAACACAGCAGAGGGAGGGGUGAUGGGACUAAGAAGGGGGAGUGGCCGGGCAGUUGUUAGCUCGUUAGUGUACACGUUUCACACUUCUCUAAAGGGGCAGAGGCAGCAGCACGGUUUACGGAGACUUCGUGGCUGUAACUGAAUGUAGGAAAACAUGAACUGGCUGUAAAACAAUAAAAUAUUCUAGUGUA